UGUGUUGUCCAGGGUAAUUACAGUACAUUCAUAGCAAUUUCGUAAUUUAUAUAUAAUGAAUAUUCAAUCAGUAAUCAUCAAUAUUAAUGUUGAAAUAUUUUAGCUUUUGACAGAAAAUAUUUGUAUUCAGCAAAGAUGCAUUCAAUUGAGUAAAAGUGCCAUUGUCAAAACAUAUAUAUAAUAAUAUAAUGUUACAAAAGAUUUGUAUUUGAAAUCAAUGCUAAUCUUCUGUCUUCCUUCUGCACUUAUUUAUAAGUACCUAGCGUGACAGUAAACAGGGCUAGUUUUUGGUCACUGUGUGUAUUUGUCAGGGCAGUAUAUCAGGCCUUUUCAGUCGGGCUGUGCUGGAAGUUUCUGAUUAAUCUGUAGUUGUAGGAUUAGUGCUGAGUGAAUCGUACAGAGAUUUCUGUGCAGUGUCAUCCAGCAAACAAAGAUAAUCUUCAUAUUCUGUCUGAUGCUAUUGUAGAUAUCAGCUUUGUGAACAUGGCAGUGACUGCUCACACUGAGGAAAAAGGCACACGUUGACAAGCUGUUGCAUGCUGAUAAAGUAUCCAUCAUAUAGUCUGCAUAAUGCUUUCCCCCCGAAAUAAUGCAUACAAAUUCAGUCUUGAGUACUCAAAUGUGAAGACAUAUUUUAUUUAGUUUAACAAUAGUUUGCAUACUGUUAGAUAGUUUGCAUAUUGGAUAUUCUUCUGUGUAACUUGGCCAGGCAAACACAUUAGAGCAGUAAAUGUCAAAAAAGGCAUGGGCUGGAUGGACGUUGCAUGUAGAGGGUGCCAGCACUGAUCCUCCAUACCCUUCAUCAAAAGAAAAUAUAAGAGUCUGAUCACAUUGAACAUGUGACUGCGGAUGAAACCAUCGUCUCUGUUGGGUUGAGAAAAGUCUUUUGUUACCAGAUACAGAAUUUAGCCACGUUGCCACACCAGACAAAUGACAUUCCUUUAAUUUUAGUUGUUUUUUUGUGUGUGUCAAUAAAUUACCUGUCGUCUGCUCUCCUUUGUAGAACAGCUACCUUUAAAGACAACAAUUAACAGUUCAUUCCACUGGCGUUUUCCAAACCCCACCUGUAUUUCUGUUUCGCUCCUCGUUCCAUCUCAUCUGAUUUCUGUGUAGCUGUCCUCAUUAACAGCUGUUCCCGUGAAGAUGGAUGAUCUGGAGGCUUCAGGAGACCCAGAGGGAGAAAGCAGUGACUACUUAACAGGAAGGAAGAAGGCCAGGUUGAAGUCUUUUAAGUCACUUGUGUUUGGGAAGAUGAGGAAAGAGGAUGAUGGUGGUAUGAAGCUGAGUCGGUCUGAAAGUGACAUCACAAGGAGUGUGGAAGACUCAGAGGAAGUGUUCACAUUGUCAACAUGGUUUGACUGUUGCAAAGGCAUGCUGUGGUCCCGGGCAUUUUCACAUGACAGCAUUUUUCAGGCAGAGCGCAGUCAUUCAGACCCUGAACCACUGAGAACUCUGUCUCAAGAGAACAUUCCAGCUCUGCAGAUGAAACUCCAGCAGCAGAAGCAGCAUUUAGGAGCUCCCUCCCUUCUGCUGCCCUUUAAACGGCGUGAAGUCUUAGGUGGAAGUUCAGGAGAUGACGGCCUUUCUUGUAACCCCUCUGAAGUAUCCCACGCUGAAGGACUAUAUACGAGCAUAUCGAACAAGUUUUCCGUCCCUCCAAAGAACCAUAGCACCUUGAGCUUAGCUGAAACAGGAAGUGAGGAGGAAGAGCAGGCCUCUGUCUCAGUGGAUUUUAGCACUCCCCCACAGUUCACUUCCCUUCUGAACAACUCAGCUGCCCGUCACCGUAUGUCCCUCAAGCCUAAGAACCAAAGAGCCAGUGCCAAGAACAGGAGGGCAACCAUUUCGGCUGGAAGCAGAGCCCGAUCUGAGAGUCUGAACAAUCUGGAUCAAUCGUUGAACGCUACGGUGGAUGAGACUCUCGUUAAAGAGAUACCCCACGCUCGCUCGUAUUAUUCACAGGUCUUACAGGGGGAGAGGCUAAUGACUUCACAAAUCAAUAGUCCAGAUCCAGUGUCACCUUUAAUGCGUCUGCAUACUUCUGGAGACAGUAGAAAGGUUUCUGCUGAACCUGAGCUUGAGAGAAACCUCCUGUCCAAAUCACCUCCAAGCCAUAGCCUACGAGAUACGACUCCAGCGGUGUCACCAUUUGCCAAACUGCCGAUCCCAGUGGUGCCAACUGACAGAAAGGGAAAAGCAGACAUGAGUGAGAUGCUCAGUAGCUCCAAACUACUCAAGAACCACCAAAGUACCAUUGUGUCAACCGUAAGCCCAAGUGUAACUACCACACCAGAACUGAGUACUGUGAAAGAUGAGAAGUCUGUUGCUGUGCCAAUAGAAACCAAGAUGGAGAAAUGCAGUGUUCAGAAUGCAGUAAACAUUGAAAAUCACCCAGCCUCUGCUCAUGCUUCAACCAAUGUAAUUAGUGCAAUAAAUCUGAGACCGUCAUCUUUGAGGAGAAAUAUACCUUCCACAGAUGAAAAACAAAAAAAACAGUCCGGGGUUCUUCAGCCGGUUAGCACAGCAUUGGCUGUUUGUCUUGGAAAUCACACUCCGACAGAAUCCAUAAAGCACCAGAGAACUGGAUCGUUCCACUUCAGUGUCUCCUCAGACAAGAAUCAAGAGCGGCCGAGGACCGCAAGUUUCACUGGAGUGGUUGGACAAGCUGGGUUUAAAAAUAAACCUCCAUGUCCUGUCAAACCUCCUUUAAAUUUCAAGAUAGAGAGGCUAGUAAGUUCACAAGUUGUGAAAACAGUAAAAGACACAUGCCCUAACAUACCACCAGCUUCAAAGAAGGAAGACAAAAUGGACACUUCUCCAGCGAUGCCAACAAAGUUCACAGAUCUAGCAAAGAGUCGCCCUCGGGCCUUGGAUGUGGAGGAGAGUCAAGACCACGAGAAGAAGGAAACUGGGGUAGAGGUUACAGAAGAAGGAGUACUGGAGGUGGAGGUGACGGAAGAGGCACGUGAGGGUGUCAUGAAAGACACGACUAUGGGGAAAGAGAGAGAGGCUACAAAUGCAUUCGGAGUUAAGCUUCGAUCUACCUCUCUUUCGCUAAAAUUUGGCUUGGACAAAGCACAAUCAGAAGACAAAGUAAAAUUUCACAAUGUUGAAGUCAGUGCAGCGAUUUCACCUUCAGCCUCUCAGUCUGAUUCAACCAUCGUCGUGGAACCUGAAGACCAGUGCAUUGGCAUGAGGUCUACAGGAGUCCAUGCUAAACUCAAAGACUCUCCUCUACAAACUGAUGCAUCCUCAACUUUGGUUCAUUCCUUCGGUUCGCCCCCCAGGAGUUUCUGUAGGGACAAAGAGAGAGCUGGCGUCCUCGGACAGGCUGCCAGCAAAUCCACUAAGAUUGUACAUUCACCAGCUAAAGAAGAUGCAGACGUGCCCCCAGAAGAGACUACGGCGGGAUCCUCUCAGGAGAACGCACCAACAUCUACAGCUUCAGAGGUGUCCUGGAUGGAGAUGGCCAGAGAGAAGACCAGAAGUCUCCAGCAGCUCUUUACCAGUAAGCUGCCUGAGUUCCCCAGCUGGCAAUCACCAUCAACAACCUUGACCACAACACAACCACAAACCCAAACAUCCACUUCACAAACCAAGAAUCCAAGAAUCGCACAGAACAUUUCAAGCCAGCCGACAACUACACAACCUCUUUCGAGACCUCCAGAAACAAAACCGUUGCCAUCUGCACAGUAUUCUGGAGGAUCCACACAAUCUACCACUAUGAUACAAACUCAGACCAAAACAACAGCAACAAGCCAGCCUUCAGCGAACUCAACUCAGACAACCACUAGUGAGUCUCAAAAUGACAGUUCCAGAGAAGUCCAGAUUCUGUCCAAGACUCAAAUUUGUAAUUCGACAACAAAACCAAGCCACUCUACAGUUACAUGCACACCACUCAUCCAGCCGUCAUCACCACUGCGAGCAGCAUCACAGACCCCCUCACAGGCUAUACUGCGUCCCACACCGCCCCCAGGUCACCCACAUCUGUCGUCAAGCCCAAAGUUAACGUCCCACCUAGUGUCCCGACAGUCUGCCAAUACUGCCUCAAAGGAUCAGCCUCAGAAUGAGGGCAGAGCGCCAGCCGUAUUUUCAGGGAAGGCUGACCGGUUGCCUGCGUCUCAGGGGAAGGGGACCGGGUCUGAAGAUGGCAGACCCGUGUGGGCAGCAGGAUCAGGAAACAAGACCUCGCUCUUACAGCGCUGGGAGAACCAAACCACUGUGACAACAGAGACAGGUGAGCUGAACUCCACAGCAGACUCCCGAACCACAUCUCAAUCUACAGUUCCUCUCAGACCGAUGUCAAAGGUCUCGGGAACAGGAUUCGACUCAGGUUCAUCAAUGCAAGCGUCAGUCUCUUCUGUUCCCACGAGGUCAGCAGACAGAGAGAAUAAAUCACCAUCAUCAUCCCCUUCAUCAUCUCCUCUGCAGUCUGUCUGUGACAAUGCCCAACCAUCCUGGAUGGAGCUGGCCAAGAGGAAAUCCCUGGCAUGGAGUGAUAAGACUAUGGACUAAAAAAACAUAUGCACAUGGAGAUUUACAAGUGCAAGAAAGAACUAUUCUGAGUUGGAUGCUGAGGUUGGAGGAUCUGAGGGCAUUUUCAUGCUACCAUUUCCUAAGUUGCAUCCGAGCAAUUGUACUUGAGGCAGAGGUUUGCUCCGUGUGAGCUUCAGUAGCACUGAAGUUGAUGUUAAUGCAGUGUGUUCUGGAAGUGAACCACUGUUGCUUAUGUAUAUUAUUGAAGGAAAGGAAAGCACAUUCAUCAGUCAGUAAACCUCCUAAUAGUGUUUGUCUUCUAAAAGCUCAUGUGAGCUGCUUACGUUCUCUCCAUGUGAAGAAUGAAUGUAUGCACAGGAGUUAAGUACCAACGAAACAGAAAGGAGAAGUUAAUGUUGUGAGCUUUAAAGUCGUGUUCUCUUGCAUCUCUGGCUAACAGCUGCUGGUAAUGUAUUGUGUAAAUGCACCACAGUGCAGCACAGUAAAUAGAUCAGAGGUGGAAGGGGAGGGAAACAAAUUCAGGUUCAGACUCAAUCAAAAGCACCCUGAGUGAGAUCUCAGGACAGAUACAUAUGGUACCGUGUGUUUUACCCACUCGCAUGUGUUCAGACACACAACAACAGUAUACAGUACUUGUCUCCCAUGUAAUGUGUUCCUCAAUGUUUCUCAGGUUUAACACAUUGUUUUCUUGUGAAAAUAAAUAAUUAAUAAUUAAUUAGUUUCCUUUCCAAUAAUAAAUAUUAUUUAUUGACAUGAAUUCCAUCCGAGAAUUUAUGUAUUGUGACAUUGUAUCAUCUGUUGAUUUUCUGACACCUAUUAAGUCUAAAGACUAUUUUAUGUUAAAUUAUGAGACUGUAAGAAUAUUUCAAAUUACUUUGAGAUUGCUUUUGAAAAUACAGACUUCCUUGGCCAAUAAAUUAAUCUUAUUAAAUCUGA